AUGGCGUCUCCAGCUUCUACUGCUGUCGCUGCAGGCCCAAAUGAUGCUCCUCGGCCAGUAGCUCGCAGAAGACCUGUAAACGACAACCCUCUGGUGCAGCGCCAGAAGCGUCCACGGCCAGCUCCCGGUAUCCGUCCCUCUGCUGCUGCCAUAGCAGGCGGGGCAACUGCCAUCGCUCCUCGUCACGCAUCGACCUCGAUGCCGACACCUCCAACCGCCCCAGUUGCUGUUGUUCCUGCUGCGUCUGCAUCUACCGCCACUACAACUGCUGCCCCCGUCAAGCAGGAAGAAGAGGUCCAAUGGCAGGAAUACAAGCUCACAACCACAAAGGCCUCCCUCAUGAAGGACCUCCGUUACCACGUAAUGCGCAUGCAGUCGAAGCGCAUCGUUAACCCUCUCGACAGCCAGGAAUUCACAAGACCCAUAAAGCUUCAUCGACGGGAUCCAAGGGCCCCACUUCAGGGUGCGAAGGAGGAGGCUGCUGCAAACGCAGUUGCCGCUGCCCACAAAGCUGCGGAGGAGGAGGAAAAGGCGAAGAAUCAGGCUGAACAGGACAAGAAGGACGCCGAUAAAGCCGCUGCUCUGGAGAAGAUCGCGCCCUAUGGCGGUGCGCAGAAGCAGAAGAAGAACGCGUUCCAGAAGAAGACCCAACAAGUCUACAAAUCUAAUGAUGCCGAGAAAAAGCUACGCUACGAGGAAUUCUUUCCAUGGUUUAUUGAAGAUUUUGAUAAUAAGAACACGUGGGUUGGGCAACUUGAGAGUUCACUUAGCAAGGGAGUAUUCGCAAUGUUUGUGCUGGAUGACGGUGCCUUUAAGAUGGUGCCUAUUGAGAAGUGGUAUAAGUUUACGGAGAAGAACAAGUUCAAGACCAUGACGUCAGAGGAGGCGGAGGUCGUAAUGAAACAAAAUGCAAAACCACCAAGAUGGUUGAUGAAUCGAACAGAGGAGAAAGAGCGAGAGCGAAGAACUCUCGAAGAAAAUGCGAGGGCGACAAAAAAGCUCUUUACUCGGAAGGGUGAUAGAUUGCCAAAAGCAGAAACAGAUGCAGAUGACCUUGACUUUGACGAUGACCAAUUCGCCGAUGAUGAAGAAGCUCCCAUCAUGGAAGGUGAGGAGCAUGAAAACAAAGAAAUCGAGAAUCGUAUCAAAAAGGAACAACUGUCUGCGAACUUCUUUGACGCCCGUGGCGAACGUGAAUACGAGGAAGAAGAAAAGGAGAAGAAAAAGCUUGAGGCCGUCCGUCGUAAGCAUGGUAAAAAGGUCAAGAAAGCCCUCAUGAACCGUGAGGGUAACUACACAUACGAAACGGACUCCGACGCAGAUCCAUAUGCUUCAACUGACGACGAUUCCGAUGACGAAGAGGAGGAAGCGCGUAAACAAGAAGAAGCCAAGAAGGCUGAGGAAGCUAGAAAGGUCGAGGCAGCUGAGAAAGAAGCACUCGAGAAAUUGGUUGCUGAAAAGGCUGCCGAGAAGGCCGCAGCCGCAGCUGCAGCAAAAGCUGCCACAACCACUCCCGCUGCCGCUGCUGCUGCCGCUCCUUCUACUCCCGCUGCUGCUCCUUCUGAUCUAAAAACAGCUAAACCUGUUGUAUCUAAGAAAGCAACACAAGCACCUGGUACAUCCACCCCUCUCCCCACCGCUGGGUCGAAGCUCAAGCGUUCAGGGUCCCCAAACCUUUCUGGGAUCGAAUCCGGGGCCGAGUCGAGGAAGAAGCCGAAGAAGAGCCAAGCGCCGAAGCUGGGCACAAGCACAUUGCCCGUAGGAACAGACAAGAAGAGUAUCGUAAAGCUCAAGGUCCCCCCCGAGAAUCUCCAGCAAAUCUCGUCUUCUGAGCCUUCUCCGUCCCCUCCCUCAGUCGCGGGUAUGAGCGCAAAGAAACGCAAGAACGAUGGUAAUGCGACUGCAGACGAGAAGUCAGGGGAAACGAGCGAUGGACCAGGAAGCAAGAAGCAGAGGAUCAAGCUUCUGUCCGGUGGACGAUCAUUAUCGCCAAGUGCAGCUGCGAGUAGGCAGGGAAGCCCUGCGCCUCCUGCACCAGCUGGAGGUGACGCGUUCAUCACGGACGAGGAAAUCAAGAGCCUCUUGUCAAGCAACCCUGGGGGUGUAACAUUGAAGUUUAUCGCAGACAAAUUUAAAUCGAGGGUCAGAAACGACGAGGUUAAGGCGAGACUUGUGUCGAGUAUCAAGAGAUUGACCGUCACGAAUGACAAAAAGACUUAUCAUCUGAAAAAGGAUGUUUGA